UCACAUUGGCUACAUUUACACAGGGGCAUACAGCAUCACUCUAAUACAAUGGAAGCUUGUGGAGACUGCCACUGCAAUACAAUACAAGGCAGUAAGUCUGAAGGUUUGCGCGAGAUUUCUUCAGCUACCUGAUCACAGAAAGUAUCAUACUCUUUAAGCAAUAUGGAAAACAAUCAAAGUCAAGACACAGAGGAAAAUCCAUACCUUUGUUUUCAGAGAACCCCAUCUCUCCGUCGCAAAUGGCGGAAGCGCUACGGAGGACUGGAUGGCAACAAACUCCUGGAGCCCAACAAGGAGGAGGACAUGCGAGAAAAUGGUGGAAUAACAGAUGCCCACUUGGACAGGAACUUGACCCCUGUGAAGGGAGAUGAAAGCCAGGAAGCACCACUGCCAGGAAAUAUUCCACAUCCGUUGCCAAGGAAUUCGUUUCCAUCUCAGAGACCUGUCAGCUUUGUCAGCCCAGGAUCAGCAGGCUCACCAUCUUUCAUUGGGAAUGGCAGCCAGAAGCCCCCCUUGCCCCAAGGUGACCAUGAGAGACAGGCCCCCCAAGCCUGGCACAGCGCUGGCAGACCUGAUGCCCAGCAAGGGCAACUUAAGCGCAAAGGGGCGGCUGAUGUCCUCUUUGACAGUUUUGCCUCCAAUGGAAGAGUGAACACAAAUCACUUUUUUGAGCCUAUGUGGACUUCUGGAGUCCAGAGAUCAGACGCCAGGAUUAAAGACUGCUACAUACUGAUGAGAAAGCUACAGGACUCAGACGGAACCGUUGACAGGAACACCUUUCAGAGGUGCGUGACAGGCUUUGUAUCGUUCAUCCUGAAAGCACUACAAGGGAGAUUUGUCAUCCCCGACUUUUUCACAUUCACAGAGGAAACACAGAAGCUCUUUGUAAAAUGCAAACAGCUUUCAUCUGUGAAGCAGGAGAAAGACGCAGGAGGGGAGGACUCUGGAAAAUGGGGAGUGUCACUGUGUACAGUGGAUGGACAGAGGCUGUCGCUAGGAGACUGGUCAGAACCCUGUGUUCUGCGGGAGAUAUCAUGGCCCUUGGUUUACAGCCUUGCGGUGGACCAGCUUGGCUCAGACUGUGUGCACAGAUACGUUGGUGUUGAGGAGUUCUCAAAGUUUGACUCGCCCUUUACCCUGACCAAACAAGGUGUACCACACAGUCCUCUGACAGAGACAGGUGCCAUCAUUUGCACAUCCUUGCUGCAGUUGACCGUGAGACCUGGCCCUGAAGAGGAGGAGAAGUAUGAGUCUGUCUUGAAUGUCAUCAGGAGAUUAUGCAAUAAAGAACAUGCAAACUUAAACUGCACAAGUCAUCAGAAUCUGAGAAAGGACAGUAUUCGACUCCAUGCAUUAUCUUUCUACCUUCAAGAAAUGAAAUGCUUUCCAGAGUCUGUGGACAUUAAUGCUACCCUGGAUCUAAUGUUACAAUGUUCAUCAACAGAGGUUACUUGUGAGUCAGGAGCCGCCUUGGCUGCCACAUUUGCCAAUGGGGGCCUUUGUCCACUGUCAGGGGACCAGGUCCUGUCGCCUUCAGCAGUACGCAAUAGUUUGUCCAUGAUGCAGGUGGCUGGGAUGAAUGACUACUCCAGGAUAUUCCAUUUCAAGACUUCUGUUCCAGCGAAAUCCAGCAGGUCUGGUGCCGUGUUGAUAGUGGUGCCCGGCGUUCUCGGCCUCAUGGCCUGGUCACCUGAACUAGAUACCUUUGGAAAUGCCUGGAAGGCUGUGCAUUUCUGUGAGGAACUAGUCUCGUCCUUCCAAUUGCAUAGUUUUGACAUCAGGACUCCUUUCAGACAAGUGUUGUCAUACCGUCAGUGGAAAGUGGAAUCUGAGGGUUAUCAAAUAAUGAACAUUCUGCUGGCUACCUUCCGAGGAGACCUACCAUCCCUGCGCAGGUACUUCCUGUCUGGGGCAGACAUGAAUGCGGUGGAUUAUGACGGGAGGUCAGCCCUGCAUGUGGCAGCCUCUGAAGGCCACUUGGAGGUCAUCAAAUUCCUGAUGGAGAACACAGGGGCUAGUGGUUUGGUCAAAGACAGGUGGGGUAAUACAGCAAUACAGGAAGCUGUGAGAUGUAACCAGACACAAGCUGCUCAGCUUCUCAAGACAUACUCAGAGCAGAGAGAGACCUCAUGAUCACAGAGACUCAGAGCAGAGAGAGACCUCAUGACCACAGAGACUAAAUCUGGAUGUCAACAGACAUGCUCGUGAAAACCCACGGAAUGCACCAGAAUUAUGCACAACACACCUCAAAAAACACACCUCGAAAAACACACUAUGGAAAAGGGUCUUGGUGGGGAAUGGAUGUACAGAUUUCGGAACAGAUUGGUCAUCUCACACAAGAAAAUACAAACUUGCAUGCUUUAGAGGCCUAAGAAGAAUUAAACAAUACUACAUACUUGAGAUCAGUUUGAACAGUUACUUAAUUUAGGCCGGUGCGGUAACAAAAUCAAAGUGUCAAAAAGGUAUUUCAGUUGCCAAAAAUCAUCAGUGGUUGUACCAGUACAUAAAGUGAAAGUGAUCUCAACAUCUGGCAGAAUUGCUGC